AUGUGCAAAGAGGUUGCCUCCAUCUUGACCUUUGCCUAUUGGAGCUGGUACGACGCUUCGCACGAGCUGCCAGCUCCUACAGGUGUGCCAGACAGAUCCUGCUCCAUGAUUCUUCGUUUGUGCGCGCUCCAAGUGCUCCAAGCAUGGUCGGACCUCUCAAUGCGAUCCAGCCGGUCAUUGCGGGUCCUGGCUCCUGGCUGUUCCACGCGUCACAGGCGAGGUGUCGUGCAUCAAUGCCACAAUCCGCGCCCAGCGUUGCCAUUGUUCCAGCGGGACUGGUUCUCACGGUUGUGCACGGUAGGAGGCCUUGUCGACAGCAGUCAAGCUCUUCUCGCAUUCCAAGCACAACAUGCCAGUCGUGACAUGACAGAGCGAAGAGCUCGGCUGAGCGCGAAGAGCUCGGCUGCGCCAGCCGACCACCUGUCAGGAAGUCUUGGGGACUUCGGUAAUCAAGGAAACUCCUUGCUCCUCUCCCUGGAGGAAGGUGUCAAACCAACAACAAUGUCUGAUGACCUAAAAGGUGAGAUGGAAUCUUGA